AUGUCCGGAGCGUCCUCCUCCGGCACACCGCAGCAAACCCACUCAGGGGCCGGCAGUGGCAACAUCGACGCAUCAUGGGAAGCCACGGACGGGGAGGCUGCGAGAGAGGCUAUCUCGCCUGAAGCCUCGGAGUGCGAUGCAGGGGAGGAAGCAGGCCACUCCCAGGAUGGGCUGGAGGACGGGGUCGAAGACGAGGCACCCGCAGAGCUGCCACUAGGGCUCGAAUAUGAGCUCCCAGCGCCGAAGGCGAAGGGAGGAAUGUGGGGCGAAUCUGCGACGCUCAUCGGUAGCGCUUCCGAGAGCCACGGGGCUGGAGGAGGGUAGCCGCAGAGAGAGUUGGCCUCAUUGAAGGUUGCGGGUAGGGUGUCUGCGGAAUCCCAGGUUGUAUCCGUGCCGAAAUAUGGUGGUCUAGGUAUACAGGUGUCAGUCAUGGACAUAGUGACAAGGACGUAGUCAACGUACGGCAUAGGCGCACGGAAG